AGUAAACACAAACUGUUAGUUAGGUGCCUCAUCGCCGUCUAAUCUGUGGCAACUUGUUUCAUCUCGUAUUCAGGAACCAUGUCUUUGGUGCAGGUUUUGAGGCAGCGUUUCAAUGAGCGACUCACCGCUGUCGCUGAAGAAAUAUUCACAGUGUUUGAAAAAACCAUCGUCGAGUACGAAGAAGAGAUCAGUCGCCAGAGAAAACUGCUUCAUAUGGUCCUGAAACCUGACGUGAACACACACAGCGUAGAGCUCCCACAGCAACAUGUCUCUGAGGAGCAGAUUCUCGCCCAUCAGCAACUCUGUGACCAGGAGAGGAACUCCAGUCCGGACCAAGCAGACCCAGAGCCUCCGCAGAUUAAAGAGGAACCCGAGGAGAUCUGCGUGGAUCCGGACAGAGAGCAGAUUGCAAUGAAGGAGGAGCCGGAUAUAGUUAUGUUGACUCUCUCUUUUGAGGAUCAAGAUCACAGCGAAGAUCAAACUCUGCGCUUAAAUCAUGACGACGAUCAUGAUGACGACGGCUCUGUAGACAGCUUACCAGGCCACGAAGAUGAAAGCCCAGCAUCUCAACGCAGAGACCUGUCGACGCCCAGAUCUCGACAUCCAGCACAAAGUUCUGAAAGGGAUGAAAUUCUCCAUCACUCCAGGUCCAGCAGUGGAUCCAGGUCACGGGACCGAUCCAGAUCCAGGUCACGGAGCCGCUACAGAUCCAGGUCGCGGGACCUCUACAGAUCCAGAUCCAGAUCCAGAUCCAGGUCAGGGGACAUCUACAGAUCCAGAUCCAGGUCAGGGGACAUCUACAGAUCCAGAUCCAGGCACACCAUCAGGUCUGGACAGGACGGGUCACCUGAUGACCAAUCCAGACCUGAACAAUCACAGGACGGUGGUAUCCCCAGCCCCUCUUGUGACAGGCCAAGGCACGAUGCAGUUGCCAAGAAUGCGAGCUGGGUGUUCCCAUUUCCUUGGGAUGUGUUCCAGAAAAGGGUGUUAACGAUGCUGACAGACAUCCGCAGUCACCUCAAAACACAACCCGACAACCCGGCAGCGCACAUCAAGAGGAUAGACACCAUUGAGGAUUUUGAGAGAGAGGAGGAACGCCUCUGCGAUCCAAAAGCCUUUGAUGCCUUGGUCCUGCAAAUCGCCAGGAUUGGUGGGAAGAACACCAAGGACUGUGUCUACAAAGUUCUUGAUAGGCUCUUCACCAAUUCCCUGAUGGCAAAAUUCAACAUGAAGGGGAAGGGAAACAAGGGCAAGAAGCCAUUCGAGAACACAAAGCAUUAUAAAGCAAUACAAGACGGAAUCAUGAGAGCUGAUGAGGCAGCUACAGAGGACUUCAUCAGGGUGCAUACUUCAGAGCAUCUGAAGCAUGCACCACAAAGAUGUGGAGGCGGAGGCUACAAAGGAGUCAGUCAGGAUUGAGAAUUGUUAAUUACGUUAGGGUUUUUGUAUUUUUUUUUUAUUUGUUUAUUUUUUUGUACAUUUGUUUAUUUUGUUCUGCCAGCAAUGUUACCUG